CAUCGCUGCAAUCUCUACAUGGGUAUAGAAAACCCCCCCAUCACCCCCCAAGUCCACACGCAUCCGAAACACCAUCCAAAAUGGCUGCCUCCCACGCAGAGUCUCAAGACACUUCAAUGUCCACUCUAGCCUCGCAAAUCUGCGACCACAUCGCCUCCAUCUUCUCCAAACCCACCGCCCACCCGCCGGCCCUCGACGUCCUCGUCUCCGAGCUCUCCGCCGUCGCCUCCCGGGGCGGCCGCGUGUUCCUCUACGGCGUGGGCCGGGAGGGCCUGAUGAUGAAGGCCCUGUGCAUGCGCCUCGCCCACCUGGGCCUCUCGGCCCACUCCGUCUUCGACAUGACCACCCCGCCCAUCGCCGGCGGCGACCUCCUCCUCGCCUCGGCCGGCCCGGGGGGCUUCUCCACCGUGGACGCGAUCUGCUCGGUGGCCCGAUCCCACGGCGGGAGGGUGGUGCUGCUGACGGCGCAGCCGGAGAAGGGGACGUGCGCGAGGCACGCGAGCGCGGUGGCGCACGUGCCGGCGCAGACGAUGGCGGAGGCGGACGAUGGGGCGGAGGGAGUCGGGGAGGGGUCUCGGCCGUUGCUGCCGAUGGGGAGCGUGUACGAGGGGGCGAUGUUCGUGCUGUUCGAGAUGGUGGUGUACAGGCUUGGGGAGGCUCUGGGGGAGAGCCCCGAGGCCGUCCGAUCUCGCCACACCAACUUGGAGUGAGGAAUAAUCCCCUGCCGACGAGCCUAGUGGAACGCUUGAUGUCAUGUGACGAGUUGUUUUAAUAUCAUUUACUUAUGCUAAUGGC